ACUACAAUGGCACCAACGCUCGUGUAUGUUUCUAUCGCUCUGACUGCCCUCUGGGCAAUCGCCUUCCGGAAGCGCCAGCAUUAUCGGUAUCCGCCUGGGCCCAAAAGCCUUCCCAUUGUUGGCAAUAUUCUUCAUGUACCAACGGGGCAUGGCUGGAUUACGUUCAGAGAUUGGGCGCGUCAGUAUGGCUCCGACCUCCUUCAUUUCCAUGGCCUCGGCAUGCACAUUGUGGUGGUAAACAGUGCCAAAGCCGCCAAAGAUCUGUUUGAGAAGCGGUACAUUAAUUACUCUGACAAAGAGGUAUCUACGAUGAUGCUUCAGGUCGCUGGGCCCGAAAGAAACUGGAUAAUGAUGCCGUACGGCGAUGAGUGGAAGGAACAUCGCCGACUAUUCCACCAGCAUUUCCGCCCGGGAUCAGUCUCACAGUUUCAUCCCAAACAAUCGAAAGCCGUCCGCAGGCUAUUAAACCUACUACUAGAUUCCCGAGAUGACUUCUUACCGCAUGUUCGCUACAUGUCAGGAUCAUUGAUUCUUGAUAUCAUUUACGCCUUUGAUGUCCAGCCCGAUGACUCCCGUCUUGCACUCGUGGAGAAAGCUAUGAGCGCAGGCGAAGAGAUCGUCAAAACAGGAAUCUUCCUUGUCGAUAUUUUCCCGAUCUUGAUGUAUUUGCCGGCAUGGUUUCCUGGCGCGGGAUUCAAGCGUAAAGCAGCCAAAUGGAAGGCGCUGGUGGAUGACAUGUACGAGGUGCCUUACGGUCUGUUCAAGACGGCAGUGAACGAAGGCGGUGCUCAACCGUGUCUUACUCUAUCUCUUCUGUCCGAGGCCGACACGACAGAUAUUUCAAAACUUGAAGAAACGUUUAUUGCGCUCACGGGGACAGCAUACUCGGCCGGCUCGGACACGACAGCAAUUACAAUUACCACGUUCGUCCUCGCCAUGAUCUUGAAUCCUGAAAUACAAGCAUUCGUGCAAGAGGAGCUUGACCAGGUCGUCGGUAACGAUCGAUUGCCAGUGAUGGAAGAUCAGCCGUCUCUUCCUCGAGUCGCAGCUGUGAUGCAUGAGGUCAUGCGACGAUACCCCCCUAUGCCACUAGCGACUCCCCACCGUUCGACUACCGAUGAUGAGUACAAUGGCUACCAUAUCCCUGCAGGCUCGAUGGUCAUUGGUAACACAUGGGCAAUCCUCCACGACGAGGAAGUGUACCCCGAUCCGUUCUCGUUCAACCCGAAACGGUUCUUGUCUGAGGACGGGAAGCUCCGAGACGAUGUGCCUCUCCCCACAGAAACAUUCGGCUAUGGACGCAGGAUAUGUGCCGGCCGUUACUUCGCCAUGGACGCCCUCUUUCUAGCUAUAUCGAGCCUCCUAGCUGUUUUCAACAUCGAGAAGGCUGUGGACGAGAAUGGCAAGCCUAUUGAAGUCAAGGUGGAAUUUACUCCCUACGUCUUCAGCCAACCGAAGCCUUUCAAGGCCCGCUUCAAGCCGCGUAAUCCGGGGGCGGAGAGUCUUAUACGGUCGGCAGCUCUAGCGGACGCGUAAGCCGUCUGUGCUUGCCAAGGGAUAGGGAUGUCGAAGUUAUCGGGCGUUUUAUGUGUUUUGACGUGGCUCAGUCAGUCGCUACGGUCGCGACUCAUUAGCGAGAGUUCAACCUUUCGGACGCUCAGAGACUUUUCCCCGAAUCUGAGCGUGGGUAUCUAUGUAUUUUACACUGCGAGUAAUAUGUUAAGUGUAUUGUAGAACGAGCUGAGUGGCCGUCUUGCAGUC